AUGUUCGCAUUUUUAUUAUUUAUUGCAUUCACUACUGCAACCAACGUUAUUCCUGAUAUCGAACAAGAAUUAAAAGACGUUGGCCUUUACGAUUUGUUUUCAAAGAAAGAGUCUAUUCAUGAAAAUGACAUAGAAAAUGAAGAAGAUAAAAAAAGUAGUUCAAACAGUGAAUUAGAUGAAAAUUCUAAUAACCAACCAGAUGAAAGCUCAAAUAAUAAACCAAAUGAAAGUUCUGAUAAUAAACCAAAUGAAAGUUCUGAUAAUAAACCAAAUGAAAGUUCUGAUAAUAAACCAAGUGAAAGUUCUGAUAAUAAACCAAGUGAAAGUUCUGAUAAUAAACCAAGUGAAAGUUCUGAUAAUAAACCAAGUGAAAGUUCUGAUAAUAAACCAGAUGAAAGCUCAAACAAUAAACCAAAUGAAAGCUCAAAUAAUAAACCAGAUGAAAGCUCAAAUAAUAAACCAGAUGAAAGCUCAAAUAAUAAACCAAAUGAAAGUUCUGAUAAUAAACCAAAUGAAAGUUCUGAUAAUAAACCAAAUGAAAGCUCAAAUAAUAAACCAGAUGAAAGCUCAAAUAAUAAACCAGAUGAAAGCUCAAAUAAUAAACCAGGAAGUAGUUCAGAUAAUUAUGAUAAUCUUGAUGCUGCAUCAAGUCCAUUCAUUGUUCUCUUUGCUAUUAUUGUGGUUAUCUUAUUCUAA